CCUGACUCGAUAAAGGCUACAUAUCUGCCUAAAAACAAGGCAGUUUUUGACACACCUGCGAUCCUGGCUGGCCGGACAACCUCACGUACCAAUCGAGUCAACAAUCGACGCCUGGCAGUCGGCAUGGCUAUGAACAACCGAGCAAUGGCAGAUUCGGACAUCCUCAAGUUCAAUCAGCUAAAGAGCCGUAAAAAGCAACUGAGGUUUGCCAAAUCACCUAUUCACGACUGGGGAUUGUAUGCAGAAGAGCACAUUGAUGCAAACGACAUGGUUAUUGAAUAUGUGGGCGAGGUUAUUCGACAGCAGGUUGCCGAAGAGAGAGAGAAGAAGUAUGAACGGUGUGGAAUUGGUAGCAGCUAUCUGUUUCGUGUGGAUGAUGAUACGGUGAUCGAUGCCACUAAAAAAGGCAGCAUUGCGCGAUUUAUCAAUCACUGUUGUUCUCCUAAUUGUAGUGCGAAGAUCAUCACAGUCGACAAGCACAAAAAGAUUGUAAUUUAUGCCAAUCGGGAUAUUGAACCGGGAGAGGAGAUUACUUACGACUACAAAUUCCCGAUUGAAGCCGAUAAAAUACCCUGUUUGUGUGGCAGCCGGUUCUGCAAAGGAACAUUGAAUUAAAGGAAAAAGAACAAAAAGAUAAUGAAUAAAAAAAAGGAAAUACUAACUACUACU